GCAGCCUCUCCUCUCCCCUCCAUGGGGCUCUGAGCGGCCCCAGCGCGCACAGGGGAGGCCCCCGGCCCCCCAGUUCCAGGGCACAAUGGCUCAGGACAUGACCGAGAAGGAGCUGCUGAAGAUGGAGCUGGACCAGCUGAAGAAGGAGGUGAAGAACGAGAGGCAGAUGGUGUCCAAGACGGGCAAGGAGAUCAAGGAGUACAUCGAGUCCAUGGCGGGCGAGGACCCGCUGCUCAAGGGCGUGCCCGAGGACAAGAACCCCUUCAAGGAGAAGGGGGGCUGCACCAUCAGCUGAGCCCCGAGGCCA